AUGCUCGUCUGCAUAGCGUGGCGUCUGCACAUCUGCAUGGCUGCAUGUCUUGGCAUUUGGUCUGCUGCAACACCGCAGGCUGCAGAGGCGACUGGUGGGUGGCGGCUGGUGCGGGGCGAACGCGGACGGGAUGGUCUGCUGUUGUCUGCAUGUGCAGGACGCACUGAUUGGUGUCUGGUUUGUUGCACUACUGCGGGCUCCAGUGGCGGGCGCGCGGGAGGUUCUGCGCUCGGUGGGCGCAUGGCGACCGGUGGGAUGGUCGCCAGCGGGGCGGACGUGGUUGACAUGUGGCGUCUGUUUUACAGCCACAAUGGUACUGGCGCGGGUGGGUGCACUGUGGGGUGUGGUGGACGCGUGUUCGGUGGCCGGGUGUGUGUCCGGGCAUGUGGCGGGCUUGGACGGGAGUGCACGAGCGGGGGAGAGUGUGUGCUGCAGCUGCACGCGUCUGCUGAGACAGACAAGGGCGUGGAGGGGGCAACACUCGCGGUGGGAAUGGGCGGAUGGGCGCAAGCGCGGAUGGGCGCACGGCGCAGAUGGGCGCACGGCGCGGGUGGGCGCACGGCGCGGUUGGGCGCACGGCGCGGUUGGGCGCACGGUGCGGUUGGGCGCACGCUGGAUGGGCGCACGUUGGAUGGGCGCACGUUGGAUGGGCGUACGUUGGAUGGGCGCACGUUGGAUGGGCGCACGUUGGAUGGGCGCACGUUGGAUGGGCGCACGUUGGAUGGGCGCACGUUGGAUGGGCGCACGUUGGAUGGGCGCACGUUGGAUGGGCACACGUCGGAUGGGCGCACGUUGGAUGGGCGCACGUUGGAUGGGCGCAUGGCGGAUGGGCGCAUGGCGGAUGGGCCCAUGGCGGAUGGGCCCAUGGCGGAUGGGCCCAUGGCGGAUGGGCAUAUCUGCACGUCUGCUGGGACAACCACAGGCUGCACUGGUUUUGACACUCGCCAACAAUCCUUGCAUGUUGAUGAGAUAAGCUGGUGGGACGCGUGGGAGCGGGACACUGGCGCGGCUGGCCGCAUGGCGGAUGAGUGUUUGGGCGGGGUGGCGGCGGGCGUGGGGGCGGACGGGCGGGGUGGCGGACAUGUGGCUUCCGCGCCUGCACGUGCAACCGCAGGCAGCUGGGCUGCUUGGGACCAUUGGGCGAUGUGGAGUGGCUGCAGAUGGGACGAGAGGGAGAAUGAUGACCGCGUGGAGUUUAUGCACGAGUUGGUUGUGGUGGUCUGCACGUCUGCUGCUAUGCAUGUACUGGCGAGUGGGACGGUGCAGGGCGAGUGGGACGGUGCAGGGCGAGUGGGACGGUGCAGGGCGAGUGGGACGGUGCAGGGCGAGUGGGACGGUGCAGGGCGAGUGGGACGGUGCAGGGCGAGUGGGACGGUGCAGGGCGAGUGGGACGAGUGGUGUGUGGCAAUGCGAGGGAUUGGGAUCGAGAGGGAAGUUCGCCUGAAAGAGGUCUGGCGGAGGAGUUCUUGA